AUAGUGUCUACCUUAUAGGCAGGGCACAAGUUUAUGACAAUUUUCGAAUUAAAAAUAAACUAAUAUUACAACAAAAAUGUUUGAUAACGUGUGAGCUUAAAAUACUUUUAAUUAGCUGUUAAUGGAAGCUAUUAGCGAGAAAAAUAUCGGUACGUUUAUUUCAAACUUCCUACAAAACAAUUUAAAAACGAAUCAACUAGAAAUCAAUACAGACAUUAAAACAUUUAAAACCAUUGCAAAACUCAAAGAACCUAGGGACUUGUUCGCUUUGCCAAAAGAGUUGGAUUGCCCACAGCAAGCGCCACGAUGGCCGUCGGAAUGUCAAGUAAUAGAGGAAAGGAUACAACAUUUAACUUGGAGUCCAGCGUCACCUGAACCAUACUAUGUCGCAACUGGUAAGGAAUUAAAACCGCAGCCCGUUGGAGAGGAGGCAGGAACAGUAAUAUUUCAAUAUUAUCCCAUGAGCGCUGUUAAUUAUUUUAGCCGGUCAAGUGUCGGAGGAUCGCGCCUUUUUAUAUCAGCGUGUACUUCUGCUGGCGGCGAUGAUGAAUUACGGUUCGAAUCUCGCUUUGAGAGUGGAAAUCUUGCGAAGGCAAUCAAGAUCACACCAGCGUACUACGAAUUACAUCUUCGGACUGAUCUCUAUACAAAUAGACAUGUUCAGUGGUUUUAUUUUAAAGUAUCUAAAACGAAAAAGCAAACGAUGUACAGAUUUUCCAUAGUAAAUUUAUCAAAGCCUGAUAGUUUAUACAAUGAGGGAAUGCGGCCGUUACUAUAUUCCACCAAGGACGCACAGCUGCAUUCGAUCGGUUGGAGACGGUGCGGCGACAAUAUUGCAUACUACAAAAACGAACCUACAUGUGAAGAAGAGGAGCAAUUUCCCAGCUAUACGCUUACAUUCAAUAUUGAGUUUCCGCAUUCAGAUGAUGCUGUAUACCUCGCUCAUUGUUACCCAUAUACUUAUUCUGAUCUACAAGAGUAUCUUUCGAGAUUACAAGCCCAUCCCGUUAAGUCAACAUUUUCGAAAUUAAGACUUUUGUGUCGCACGUUAGCAGGGAAUAACGUUUAUUACUUAACAAUCACGGCACCACAAAAUCAAAAUGAAAUGGAUCAAAAGAAAAAGAAGGCAGUCAUAGUAACAGCAAGAGUGCAUCCCGGGGAAACACCAGCGUCCUGGAUGAUGAAAGGUUUUAUGGAUUACUUAACAGGAGAUUCAAAUCAGGCACGGGAAUUGAGAGAAAAAUUCAUUUUCAAAUUAGUUCCAAUGCUGAAUCCUGAUGGUGUUAUCGUUGGAAAUAAUCGCUGCUCACUAACUGGAAAAGAUUUAAAUAGACAAUAUAGAACAGUUAUUCGGGAAACUUAUCCACCCGUUUGGCAUACCAAAGUGAUGAUACGAAGGUUACAGGAAGAAUGCGGUAUUGCAAUGUAUGUUGAUCUGCAUGCACAUUCACGCAAACAUAACAUUUUUAUCUACGGAUGCGAGAGUAGGCGAAAUUCUGACAAACGUCUACAAGAACAAGUAUUUCCGCUGAUGUUACAUAAAAAUGCUGCAGAUAAAUUUUCCUUCGAAAAUUGCAAGUUUCGCAUUCAGCGUAGUAAGGAGGGUACCGCAAGGGUUGUUGUUUGGAUGUUGGGCGUAGCCAACAGUUAUACAAUGGAAGCAUCUUUUGGUGGUUCCGAGCUGGGUAGCAGAAUGUCAACUCACUUUUCCGUUCAAGACUAUGAAAGUUUAGGUAAAACAUUUUGCGAGACUCUACUCGAUUUUUACGAUGAGGGCCCGAGUAAGGAGAGAUUGAGAACAAAAAUUGUGACGCGUCUUUUGCAAGAAGGAUCCAAUGCUGAUGAACCUACUAAUAUAGACCUGUCAGAUUAUUCAAGUGAUGAAGGAGAUACAUCAAGUAGCAGUUCAGAUGCUGGCCUUUCUCGUAUUAAGAUAAAUUCAACUCAAUUAGCACCUCCGCCAUCUCCUAUUUUCCCCGACAUUAAUAAAACUACUGAAAAACCGCGCCGACAACUAGACAAGUUGGAAAAAAUUAAUAGAAAUGAAAAGAAAAAGGCGAAAAGAGAAACGUUACAAGUUUCAAGAGCUACAAUAGAUUUAACAUCAGAUGCAAUGUCAGAUGUGUCGUCUGAAUGUGAAUCCUUUGGGGAAAAAAGUCCUAUGCGAAAAGUUCAUAAGCUACUGCAUUCACACAAAAACAAACCUCGUCGGAAGAAAAAAAUGCCUCCUGAGCUAAGGAUUUUUCGCGCACCGACCAGUGACUCCCCUUUUAAUUCUGAUCCCGAGAAAAGGCCAAAAACUAGGAGACCUCGUAGUGUAUCUUUGUUAAAUAACACUACGGAUCAACCUAAACUCAAACCAGCAUCGUGGCAUCAAUUUAGACAGUUACCACCAACAAGGUGCCAUAUGGAAACAAAAUAUAGGAAAACACAACCUGCUGAAUUACAAGUAAAACUGAAUUCACUUAAGAAAAACUUUUGGACUGGAAUUCAAGAUGACAAUAAAGGACCUUUAUCCUGGGGACUUUCAAGUUUUGGGAUGAGCUCAUACUUCACAGACAGUGAAGCAUUACUCAAGUCAUGUUCGAAAAAGUUGGAAGAACUUGAGGAUGAAAAAAAGAAAAAUAAAGAAUGCAAAAAGAAAAAGAAAACCAAGUCCAAAUACAAAGCAAAAACUACCACAGAGGAUUCAAUUGAUCCCAUAUCAAAAGCAAAUAAAACACAAAAGAAAAAAGGGAAGUUAAAAUUUAACAAAGCAGAGUUUUCAUACCAAAAUAAUACAAGUUUCACCGAAAUACCAAAGAACACUCAACCAACUGUGCAAAAACCAAGUCUAAUAGAAAGUAAGCAAAAGACAUUCCGAAAGGGUGCUUUUGUUGCCACUGCUAUUCAAACAAAGAAGUCUAAACCUAAAGAAUUAAAACAGUGUAGUGACAAUUCUGAAACUGAUGAUUCUAUACAAAAUAGAAAAAAAGUCAAAAAGAAAACUAAGAUUCCCAAAAAACUUCAAAAAGCAGCUUCAGAGAAUAGACUUAAAGUGUGAUAUUAAGAGUAAGAUUCAGAGUUGAGACUUAGUACCAUGUGUAACUACCAUAUGUCAAAAAAAUUAGUUAUUAUUAAUUAGUAUUUCAUUGACACAUGGUAGUUCAGUCUCAACGCUGAUUCUUAGGGUAAGUGUUAAUUUAGUUUUUCCAAAUAAAGGUUUUAUAAUUUUUAUAACAACAUUUUUUUUUAAACAGCAUCUGUUGUUCUGAGGCUUAUUAUAAAAUGUAAUUUUUAAAAAACUUUUGUUACAAAAUGUUGAUUAAUAAUAAAUAUAAAACCAUGGUAACUUAUUUAGCACCUUAAUCUCUCUAUAUUGAGCAUUCAUAUUGAUUUAUAAAAACUAAAUACUAUAUUGUGUAUUACAUAUAUAGUAUGUCUGUUCAGCGUUUUCAUUCACAUUAAUACACACUGUAAAGGCAUGUAAUUAGGUAUUUCAUAUACCACGAAAUUUAUAUUAGUUAACUGUAGCGAAUCAAUUACUAAUAUAACAUAAAAUAACGCUUUUUUAUUAUAAAGCUGAUUUAGGAUUGUCGUUUGUUGUAUAGUUUCACGACAAUAUUAACAUUUAUUCUGAUAUAAAUAUAGGAGAAAAUCAUUGUUUACUUACAAGUAAAUAGUUUACUCUUCGAAUUGUUUUAUAUGAGUUUUUUAAAAAUUCGUGAGAUAAAAAUCACUUUUAACAUAAAUGGUUCAGUUAACUGUACAUCUAAGUUAUAUAAGAGAUUAAUAACAUUCAUAACGAUUUACGAUACUGAUUACUGUUAUUGUAGGUAUAAAAUUAUUAAAAAAAAUAUUCACGAAAACGGUAAAUCUCAGGGAUUUAUCUGGAUAGGAUGACAAUGUCAGUUGUCAUAUAGACUUCUAAGUUCUAGCUGACACUACCAAAACUAAGUAAUUUAUUUUACAGACAUAAAUAGCAAACAUAACAACAUAUUAUAUACUGUAUAAAAUGAGAUAUAGGUAUAUCGCCGAUAGUGAAAUAAAAAUUUGUUGUGGACAAUUCUGGGGAAAUUGGAUUAAAUGAUCUUGAUACUGUU